GUGCCCUCGCGUUUAGCUGAACGCGCCUUCCUCCCCUCCCGUCCAGGGAUAAGUUUCUUAGGAAGGUGGCGACUUGUCAUUUAGGCCUACUGGCUCUUUCUCUCAGCUUCGUCUCGUCGUGCUUCGUCUUUCACCCCCCCUGCGGAGUGUUCCGAAUUAUCUUAAAACAAGCCCAAACAACUGGAGAUUCUGGUAGUUAUUGCCCAAUCGUGGGACAGUCGCAAGCACCUACCUAAGCCAGGCCUUGUCAGGGAUGCUUCUUUCUUAGUCUUUGUCACUCGGCAGCAUUUAUCAUUUUCCCCAUGCCCAAUUUCUCCCACAACCUUCCUCAUCCAAUUUCCCUUUAGCUUUGCAACAAUUCUCGAGGCGAAAAAAUGGCUCGGACCAGAAGUUCGGGUGUGUCCGUCGGUGAAAAUAUUGAUGUCAAAGAUAAAGCGGCUCCGCCGACGGAGGCUGUGAAGCGACCACACGGUCGGCCCAGCAAGGCGCCGAUUGACAGCCCCGGGUCGUCUUCUACGCCAACGCCCACAACGGACCUAUCGGGGAGUGAAUAUACGACGCCCCUCACUAGCAAUGUGGCUACUCCUGCUCCGAUAGACGCCCUACAGCAGCCUCCCUCGACGGGACGACUCAAUAGGAUUGAGGUACGGUUGCCUAUCGUUAAGGCGUCCGCUAGGAGCCAUGGAGCGCUUCGCCAGAGUAUCUACUCUAUGAGCUCUAAGCGUAAGAGGGUGGAAAUUGAUGACAGCGAGGAUGACGAUUCGGAUUGUUCGCCUGAUGCGAAGCUCGCGCGGAAACUUCAAGACGAAGAAGAUAAAGAGAUGCAAGCCAAGGAAACCAUCAGCUCCCGUCAGACUGGAUCAGGACUUCGUCGUAGCUUGCGAGGCCUUGCUUCGUCACCCGCUGUGACCCCAUUUACAGUCGACGAGGAAAAAAAAGGAGAAGUAUCUCUUGCGGUGCAGCCAGCUACUCGGUCCCGGGUUGGCUUGUCGAAAUCUUUAAAAACUAAGGCUUUACCGAUCACAACUCCGGGAAAAAAGCGGACAAUCAUUGCGGAUUCCGAUGAGGAUGGCGAUGUAGCUCUCUCUGAGUCACUCGAAGAGUCUGAUAGCGACGAUUCUCUCCAGCCACUGAGCAGACGGCGCAAGCGUCCACUCCGGCAGUCUGCUGUCAAAGCAAGACCUUUACUCGCCAACAACGAAAAAAGUACAAAAGCACAAGGCGCCGAGACCCUCUCGGAAGACGAUAGUGAUGUUGAUCUCGCUUUCUCUGAUUCUGAUGAUUCUGAUGCACCAUCUGUCGCCGAGGAUGGCUCGGGCGGCAGUGGAUCUGAUGUCGAUGCCGGAAGCGAGCUCGACGCUCAUGCUGAAGCUCUUCGUACGGCCACGUCAAACAGGCGGGCGUUUAGAGGCUACCGCAGCAAGAAACGCGUUCAAAAGGAUCGCGACCGUCUUGAGGGAUUCCAUCCAGAGCUUAAGACGAUGUGGAAGGACCUUCAAGACAUGCCCGUUCUCAAAGCCGGCAAAGCAGAGCAGCCGAAAUCCAUCUCGCGUCAGCUCAAGCCCUUCCAACUUGAGGGGCUCGCAUGGAUGAAGGAGAUGGAGAAAAUCGAGUGGAAAGGCGGCUUGCUGGGUGAUGAGAUGGGCCUUGGAAAGACGAUCCAAGCGGUGUCCCUCAUCAUGUCCGAUUGGCCUGCGAAGAAGCCUUCUCUGGUGCUCGUCCCCCCUGUUGCUUUGAUGCAAUGGCAGACUGAGAUCGACUCCUACACUGAUGGGACCCUCAAAACACUUGUCUGCCACGGGACGAAUGCGAAAUCAAAGAACCUCACCAUGAAAGACGUCAAAAAAUACGACGUCAUUAUCAUGUCGUACAACAGCCUCGAGUCGAUGUACCGUAAGCAGGAGAAAGGCUUCAAGCGCAAGGACGGCCUCUUCAAGGAGAAAUCUGUUAUCCACCAGACAGUAUUUCACCGCGUCAUCCUAGAUGAGGCACACAGCAUAAAGACUCGAUCAACAAUGACGGCCAAGGCAUGCUUCGCUCUCCAGGUUGAGUACCGUUGGUGCCUCACUGGGACGCCGCUGCAGAACCGCAUUGGCGAGUUCUUUUCGUUGAUUCGGUUUUUGAACAUCCGCCCAUUUUCGUGCUAUCUCUGCAAACAGUGCUCCUGCUCUAUGCUCGAGUGGACAAUGGAUGAGGAUAACAAGUGCAAAGGUUGUCACCAUAGCGGAAUGCAGCACGUUUCGGUCUUCAACCAAGAACUUCUCAAUCCCAUCCAGAAGUAUGGAAAUACGGGCAAGGGCAGGAUUGCAUUCCAGAACCUUCGUAUCAUGACGGACCGCAUCAUGCUGCGGAGACUGAAGAAAGAUCACAUGGACUCCAUGGAGCUCCCCGUCAAGGAGAUUAACGUCGAGCGGCAAUUUUUCGGCGAGGUUGAAAACGAUUUUGCAAACAGUAUCAUGACCAGCGGCCAGCGGAAGUUUGAUACGUAUGUUGCGAGCGGAGUUCUACUCAACAACUACGCCAACAUUUUUGGCCUCAUCAUGCAAAUGCGUCAAGUAGCCGACCAUCCAGAUCUGAUCUUGAAGAAGAAUAGCGAGGGCGGCCAGAAUGUGCUCGUCUGCAAUAUCUGCGACGAGCCCGCGGAAGAUGCCAUUCGAUCUAGGUGCAAGCAUGACUUCUGCCGCGCCUGUGCAAAGAGUUACCUGAACUCGUCGCCGAAUCCCAACUGUCCCCAGUGCCACAUUCCCUUGUCAAUGGAUCUCGAGCAACCCGAGAUUGAACAGGACGAGGCUCUGGUAAAGAAGUCGUCCAUCAUCAACCGAAUCAAGAUGGAGAACUGGACUUCCUCUUCCAAGAUUGAGUUGUUAGUCCAUGAGCUCCACCGGCUCCGCUCGGAUAACACAUCCCACAAGUCGAUCAUCUUUUCCCAGUUCACAACGAUGCUGCAGCUUAUUGAGUGGCGGCUCCGCCGUGCCGGUAUUACGACGGUGAUGCUUGAUGGAAGCAUGACCCCGGCUCAGCGGCAAGCUUCAAUCGAGCAUUUCAUGAGGAAUGUGGAUGUUGAGUGCUUUUUGGUUUCUCUCAAGGCAGGGGGUGUCGCCCUCAAUCUUACCGAGGCUUCUCGUGUGUUCAUUGUUGAUCCGUGGUGGAAUCCUGCAGCUGAGUGGCAGUCUGCGGACCGUUGUCAUCGCAUUGGCCAAACCCGUCCCUGCUCCAUUACUCGGCUGUGUAUCGAGGAUUCGGUCGAGAGCCGGAUGGUUCUUCUUCAAGAGAAGAAGACGAACAUGAUCAACUCGACCAUCAAUUCCGACGAUGCAGCGAUGGACUCUUUGAGCCCCGAAGAUCUGCAGUUCCUGUUCCGAGGCACUUAAUGGUGUCUAGGUAGACCUAUUCAAGGGGAAUAUAGAGCUGCUAUGUUGUUUUCCUUUGUUUCUCGAAUUCGAAGUGAAAACUUUCCAAUCGAGCAUUACGACUUAUGUAUUUUCUAGCUGCCUGGUACGGUACAUGUCAAGUCUGGAACAGGGGUACGAAUGAGUGCACAUCAAUAGGUUGUAGUUGAGCGUCGAUGGGAUCCGAUACUGUAACGAGCGUGUAUACGUGGGUUGCUUUUUGCUUGGACUGGACUAGUUUUUUUCGAGCCAAUAAUGACAAUGACUCUUUGUAACAUUGAAGAAAGACAGUGGAGAUGCAAAAGAUCCGUGGUUUCGUUGCUAAGGCUCCUCUAGAAGUUCUUGCUGCUUUGAGAACGAAUUGAUGAAUAUAUUAUUUUAGACCU